AUAUAAACCAAUCUUGUGCAAUUCAAGACGCAGACAAUAAUAAUCGUAAGAGAGAGUUAAGUAAGGUUAGAUCACAGAGGCAUUGGCAAGGGUAUAUUGGUAAAUUUAGGGUAAAGUUAAAAGCUUGAAUUUUUAUGGAACAGAGGAUUCUGAAAUAAGAAGCUGUUGUUAUUGUGGCGCUUAAGCUUCGGGAUUUGGGUCCAGUCGUGUCUCCUCCUUUAGAGAAGAUUUUGACCAACAAAGCUCACAGAAGCUGAAGACGAAGAAGAAAGAGAGAAGAGCUUGGAGCUUGUUCCGUACGAUUCAUACAUCGUGACUUGGAACCUGAUUCUUGCAUCUGCUUUCUGAGCACAUUAUAUAUCCCACAGCUUGCCAGUUUACUGGAGUUAUCCUCAUGUUUUGUUGAAAGAGUGUUCUCCUUGAAGCCGGUCACGCCUUUUUGCUCUACGGUUUUGUUCUGAGCAAUUUUGCGUUUAGCUUCUUUGGAGAGAUUUACAUGUCUGGCCUUGACGUGGGAGGAGGACCAGUUGCUUUUGCAGAAAGAACAAAAUCUGUUGAUGCACUUACUAAGAAAGAGAUCCUAUCGGCGCUGAACAAUGGAGAAAUCCACGAAACUUCUGAGGACGCUAGGUUCAGAGUUAGGAAUCUGUUGCUCCCCGAUGCCGAAUCCUACUGUGGUUCUUUGCUUGGAAAUGUUCCCGAGGGAUCAGGGAAGUACGUGUGGUCAGAUGGAUGCGUUUACGAUGGAGAGUGGAGGCGUGGGAUGAGACAUGGAAUUGGAAAGAUGAUAUGGGCUUCCGGGGCAUGGUAUGAAGGUGAAUUUUCAGGCGGUUAUAUGCACGGUUCAGGGACUUACGUGGAUGCUAACAAUUUAACAUAUAAAGGAAGAUGGCGGCUUAAUCUGAAACAUGGGCUUGGAUAUCAGGUUUACCCCAAUGGUGAUAUCUUUGAAGGUUCUUGGAUUCAGGGGUUGGGAGAAGGGCCAGGCAAGUAUACUUGGGCUAAUAAAAAUGUAUAUCUUGGGGAUAUGAAAGGUGGGAAAAUGUCAGGAAAGGGUACGCUGACUUGGGUUACCGGGGACUCCUAUGAAGGAAGUUGGUUGAAUGGAAUGAUGCAUGGUGUUGGUGUAUAUACAUGGAGAGAUGGUGGUUGCUACGUUGGAACAUGGACCCGUGGUUUGAAAGAUGGUAAAGGCUCGUUUUAUUCAGCGGGAACCAGAGUUCCUGCAGUGCAAGAGUUUUAUUUAAAUGCUCUUAGGAAAAGAGGCGUUUUGCCGGAUUUGAGAAGACAGAACCAAGUUGCUUCUUCGGUUAAUAUGGAAAACCUUAGAGUUGGCGUGAACCAUAAUAAGCUCUCAAAAGGGAGCUUGAUAAACUUAGAACAGUCCCGCAACGGAAGGGUUUCUUUAGAAAGACGGUGGAGUCUUGAAGUAUCUAUUGAGAAAGUGAUAGGACAUGAUUACUCGGAUUUAUCUACAGCAGUUUUAGAUAGCGGAAGUAGCGUGCAGUAUAAUGCAAACAUACCUAUUUUGGAGCGGGAAUAUAUGCAAGGUGUUCUGAUCAGUGAGCUUGUGGUAAACAACGGGUUUUCACGCACUUCCAGAAGAGCAAAAAGGAAACACAAGAGACUUGUUAAAGAAGCUAAGAAGCCUGGAGAAGUUGUUAUUAAAGGUCACCGGAGUUAUGAUCUGAUGCUCAAUUUGCAGCUUGGAAUCAGAUAUACAGUGGGGAAAAUUACACCCAUACAAAGGCGAGAAGUACGAACCGCAGACUUUGGACCUCGGGCUAGUUUUUGGAUGAAUUUUCCUCGAGCUGGCUCCACGAUGACUCCUCCGCACCACUCAGAAGAUUUUAAAUGGAAGGAUUAUUGCCCAAUGGUAUUCAGGAACCUGAGGGAGAUGUUCAAGAUCGAUGCAGCGGAUUAUAUGAUGUCCAUUUGCGGAAAUGAUACCUUAAGGGAACUUUCUUCUCCAGGGAAGAGCGGCAGCGUUUUCUUCCUGUCUCAGGAUGAUCGGUUCAUGAUUAAAACGCUCAGGAAAUCUGAAGUCAAGGUUCUCUUGAGGAUGCUUCCAGAUUACCAUCAUCAUGUGAAAACGUAUGAGAACACCCUCAUUACUAAAUUCUUUGGCCUUCACAGAAUCAAACCAUCUAGUGGUCAAAAGUUCCGCUUUGUGGUGAUGGGUAACAUGUUCUUUACAGAUCUAAGAAUCCAUAGGAGAUUUGACCUUAAAGGUUCGUCCCUGGGACGCUCUGCAAACAAAGUCGAGAUAGACGAGAACACAAUACUUAAAGAUUUGGAUCUGAGCUACAACUACUUCUUGGAGCCUUCUUGGCGGGAAGGUUUACUAAGGCAACUAGAGAUCGAUAGCAAGUUCUUGGAAGCACAGAACAUAAUGGAUUACAGUCUUUUGCUAGGUGUGCAUCAUCGAGCUCCACAGCACUUAAGGUCCCAAUUGGUCCGUUCUCAAAGUAUAACAACUGAUGCGUUGGAAAGUGUUGCUGAAGACGAUACAAUCGAGGAUGACAUGUUGUCUUACCACGAAGGAUUGGUUCUUGUUCCUCGGGGAAGCGACGAUACUGUAACUGGCCCUCAUAUCAGAGGCAGCAGAUUACGGGCAUCCGCUGUUGGUGAUGAAGAAGUCGAUCUCCUUCUUCCUGGAACAGCCAGGCUGCAGAUACAGCAAGGAGUGAACAUGCCGGCAAGAGCAGAGCUGAUACCGGGAAGAGAAGAGAAAGAAAAGCAGAUUUUACAUGACUGCUGCGACGUCGUGCUAUACCUUGGCAUCAUAGAUAUCUUACAAGAGUACAACAUGACCAAGAAGAUCGAACAUGCGUACAAGUCUCUUCACUUUGAUUCUCUUUCGAUCUCAGCCGUUGAUCCUACAUUCUACUCCCAACGUUUUCUUGAGUUCAUCAAGAAAGUGUUUCCACAGAACAACAACACAUAGUGAGAGAAUUGAGUACAGUUAUGUUUUUGUUUUGUAGAGAGAAAAAAAAGAAUUCUAUGUUGUAAGUAUGUUGUAAACAAAGCUUCAAUAAAUAAAAUAAAAAAAUAAGUUUCCUUU